AGGGAGAUAGCGUGUGCGAUUCUCUGAAAUCACUACCAACGCCGACAGACAACAUGAGAUCCAAGGCAAGGGCGAGAAAACUGGCCAAAAGUGACAGUGAAGUGGUUGAUAAUAUGUAUGAGACAGAUCCAGAGCCACCGGCUGGAGAGAGUGGAGGAGAAGAAACAGAAGACAGUAUAAUGUCCCCGAUUCCUGUGGGUCCGCCAUCUCCACUUCCCACCAGCAACGAAUUCACCCCAAAAGAAGGGUCCCCAUAUGAAGCCCCUGUCUACAUUCCAGAAGACAUUCCAAUCCCACCUGACUUUGAGCUAAGGGAGUCUUCAAUUCCUGGCGCUGGAUUAGGGAUAUGGGCCAAGAAGAAACUUGAAGUGGGAGAGAAAUUUGGUCCUUUCGCCGGAGUUCAGAGGGGGACAUUGAAAGAUCCAAAUUUUGGAUGGGAGAUUGUUGAUGAGCUGGGGAAUUUAAAAUUCUGCAUUGAUGCGAACCAGGCUGGAAGCGGGAACUGGCUGAAGUACAUCUGCUCAGCGCACACCUACAACCAUCAGAAUUUAGUAGCUUGUCAGAUUAAUGACCAGAUUUACUAUAAAGUAAUUAAAGAGGUUAAAUCGGGUGAUGAGCUUCUUGUUUUUAUGAAGGACGGUGUCUAUCCUGAUGGGACAAUGCCACCAAAUCUUGAUGAGGAGCAGAGGUACCGCUGUGGGGACUGUGACGAGCUGUUCCGCUCGAAGGUGGCACUGCGGCGGCACCAGGCGUACACCUGCAACAACGCCAACGCCAUCUUCACCACCAUCAACGAGGAGUUCAAGCAGGGCCAGCUGGACGACGGGCAGCUGCACGAAUGCAAGGACUGUGACCGCAUAUUCCCCAACGAAUACAGCCUAGAACAACACAUGAUAAUUCACAGUGAAGAACGUGAAUAUAAGUGUGACCAAUGUCCAAAGGCCUUCAAUUGGAAGUCAAACCUUAUUCGCCAUCAAAUGUCACAUGACAGCGGAAAACGCUUUGAGUGUGAAAAUUGUGAUAAGGUAAGGUUGAAGGUAUUCACCGAUCCAAGCAACCUCCAGCGGCACAUCAGGUCUCAGCAUGUGGGAGCUCGGGCACACGCUUGCCCUGACUGUGGGAAAACCUUUGCCACGUCUUCUGGAUUAAAGCAGCACAAGCACAUACACAGCAGCGUUAAACCAUUCACCUAUAGGAGGCAGGGACAAGCAUGGACACAGAGUGAUGGUGAGGUCUGUCACAAAUCCUACACUCAGUUCUCCAACCUCUGUCGACAUAAAAGAAUGCACGCCGAUUGUCGGACACAAAUAAAGUGCAAAGACUGUGGUCAGAUGUUCAGCACCACCUCCUCGCUGAACAAGCACCGUAGGUUUUGUGAGGGCAAGAACCAUUAUAACCCCAGUCCAAUGUUUCAUCAAGGUCUACCACUCACUCCGAGUGCCAUGCUGGACAAGUCCAAGCCUACAUCCUCUCUCAACCACGCUUCCUUGGGCUUCAAUGAUUAUUUCCCCUCGCGCCAACACCCAACGGGAUUGCCCUUCUCGCCCACAGCCACGUUUCCAGCUCUCGCUCCAGGCUUCCCAGGCCUUUUCCCCCACUCGCUCUAUCCCCGAGCUCCUGUGCUACCAAGCAACGCGUUGUUGAAAGGCUGCUUAAAUCACGAUAUUGAUGCAAAUGUCCAGAGCCACAUGGGGAACCCCUCCGUAUCACAAGCAUCAUCCUUGGUGUCUUCCUUCAAUGACAGGGACGCCCCUUUAGAAGGGAAAAACAAUGUUCGAUCUGACAAUUGUUUCACUGAGAAAAACAAGGUAAAAAACACUGACUUAUCGGAAGGUAGUGACUUUGAAGACAUCAAUACAACAAGUGGGACUGACCUGGAAACGACGACAGGCACUGGGUCUGAUUUGGACAGUGAUAUGGAGAGCGAUGGAGAUAAAAAGAAGGAAAAAGCCAGUCUGUCAGCCAAAGGAACGGAGAAAGUUACUUCAGUCUCCCUCAACACGAACAACGAAAUCGAUGAACAGGCGCAGUACCUUCCAUCCCAACAUUCCUUCUUCCCCCCUCCCGAUGAACAGAGCCUCCCGACCAGCGCUGCUAACGAUUCCAUUAAAGCUAUCGCUUCCAUUGCGGAGAAAUACUUUGGCACAGGUUUCAUGGGGAUGCAAGAGAAGAAAAUGGGAUCACUUCCAUACCACUCCAUGUUUCCGUUCCAGCUCUUCCCGAACUUCCCACAUUCCAUAUAUCCUUUCACGGACCGAAAUCUUAAUCCCAAUCUCCUGGUGAAAAAUGAGCCAAAGUCGCCAAGAGAGCACCAGAAAAGUGGCAAUGCCAGCUCCGAGUCGCCCUUUGACCUUACCACCAAACGGAAAGAGGCAAAGCUCCUCCCCGCGUCUAAGCUUAUAGUGUCCACGCUAUCUGGCGAGGAGCAGCCCUUGGACCUGAGCAUCAGUGGCCGCAGCCGGGUCAGUCAAAACGGCCCAGGGGAGCCCAGGAGGAACCACGUGUUUGGUGAACGCAAAAUGAUGAUCAACGAUGAGCUCCCCAAGGUGCCGCACCAGCAACCCUUCCAUUACGCCAAGCCAUCGCCCUUUUUCAUGGAUCCCAUCUACAGCUGGAACCACCUGCAAUAUACAGCCAGGGUGGAGAAAAGGAAAGUGAUGGAUCCUCUGAACUCAUUGAAGGAGAAGUAUCUGCGGCCAAACCCACUGCUGUUCCACCCUCAGAUGGCUGCUAUGGAGACCAUGACGGAGAAGUUGGAGAGUUUUGGUACAUUGAAAAUGGACACCAUGGGUGCUCUGCAACCCUCUCCACACCAUGGCUUCAACUUCCGAUCACCCCCAUCCACCAUCUCAGAUGCCAUUCUCCGCAAAGGGAAGGAGCGUUACACGUGCAGAUACUGUGGGAAGAUCUUUCCAAGAUCAGCAAAUCUUACUCGGCAUCUCAGAACGCACACAGGAGAGCAGCCUUACAGGUGUAAGUACUGUGACAGGUCAUUCAGCAUCUCCUCAAACCUGCAAAGGCAUGUUCGCAACAUCCACAAUAAAGAGAAGCCAUUCAAAUGCCACUUGUGCAACCGUUGCUUUGGGCAGCAGACCAAUCUGGAUCGCCACCUCAAGAAACACGAGAAUGAGAGCAUCCCAGGUAAGGCAGUGAGCCAGCAGUCUGGGGUCUCAUCCAACCACCUGGGCACCAGUGCAUUUUCCCCCAACUCCGAGUUAGACAACACUGCACUUUUGGAAGAGAAGGAGGAAUCGUACUUCUCGGAAAUCCGGAAUUUCAUUGGGAACAAUGACCUCAGCCAGGCUUCCAGUUCAGCAGACAAAAGGCACGAGGUGCAAGGUGGUCACCAGCAGGCUAGUCAUCCGCUGACCAAGCAGAAAAUGGAGGAGGUUGAUGAUGAGGAUGAAGAGGAGGAGCUGGAGGAAGAGGAGGAGGAGGAGGAUGAGAGCAUGACAGAGAAGUCCCAGGAUGACCCAGUUUCACCGAAGACUGAUCCCACAGCCUCGUUCCGCGAGAGUGAAGAGGAACGCCCAUCCCCGCUUGCCCUGGCGUACGAGCAGACCCACCGGUGUCUGGCUGAGGAUGAAGCUGGCCUCGUGGCCUUGGACCAGAUAGCGAAUUUCACAAAGGGGCUGGACCUGCAUAAAGCAGCAGAGGAGCAGGACAAGGUGAAAGAGGCUGCAGUGUUUAAUGCCACUUUAGACUCCAACGCAAUAACAGAGACACUGUACAGGCAGGCUAAAACUCAGACUUAUGCCAUGAUGCUCUCGUUCUCUGAGAAUACUUCUCUCCAUCCAGCAUCCCAGAGCUCUCUGGACGCCUGGCUGAACAUAGCAGGAGCGACACCAGAAACAGGGACCUUUCACCCAAUCAACCAUGUGUGAGAGAGAGGGGGGGGGGGGGAGAGAGACAGAGAGACAGAGAGAGAGACAGAGAGAGACAGAGAGAGACACAGAGAGACACAGAGAGAGAAAGCAAGCAGAGAGUGAGAUAUGGCUCUGAUGUAUUUGCGAAGGACAGUGCUGGGUGGCAACUGUGAUGGCUCAGGAGUUGGGGGAAGCUGUUGUCAGGGUAAAGCUACGCAAAGCAGAUCCCAACUCCCCACCCAUUUCCCCCCCAACACUGUCCGCCAAGCUAAGGAGGCCUUACAAAACGUUCUUUCUUGUGGUCACAACUGUAUUGUGUUGCUGACCUUAAAUUCCACCAGAUAUUUAUUCCUGUUACAUAAUAUUGUUUUGCACAGUUAUACCAUUGGGGCUUCAGCUGAGAUAGGAGUUGAAAUGUUGUUAAAUACAAAGGGGCCAAUUAAGCUGCAGGAGAAGUGAUGUAGGCCACAGAAGACAGUUUGCCUGUGUGUUCACCCUUGCCCGUACAUCAUCCUGUACCAUUGUAAUUUUAACUUAUUUGAGAAAUAAGCAGGACAGACAAUUUUGCAAUAAUCAACAUGUAUAUAUUCGUCUACGUUCUCUCUCUCCCUCCCCUGCUGCAUCCAAAAUAUCUCUCUCCUAGGCAUUGUAUCUUUUUCUGUAAGAAACAGUAUUGUGUCUUGUACUCUUAGCUGUCAUGAGAGUGAUUUAAAAAUGUUAAUAUAAUUACCUAGAGAAGGACCAAAAGUUAUGUAAUGAUGUUGUACAAUAACUGUCAAAUAGGGAGAGUUCCUUGUGCCAAAUAACAUAGUUUGUCCUUCUAGAAGCUGAUCCCCAGACAAUCAAAAUUUGUUUCUAUUGUUUAUUUUAUUUAGUUGUAGGCUGUAUUGAAUUUCUACCCGUCCAUUAGUGUUUAUGCCCUGUCUAUUUAUUCCUUAGACAAUAUCCUCGCCGACGCCCUACUUCAAACUAAAUAAUGUCUAGUCCAAAAAACAAAUGUGAAUUUCUUAUGCGAUGAAGGUUUUUCUGUUGCGUGGCGUGCAUUGUGGAAGUGCCAAGCCGUGGAGAAGACGAGGGCGGGAGGGGUUUGAUUUUGUUUGAACUCAGUAUUUUAAUUUAAGAGUGGGUCCUGUUGUUAGAUUUCAAUUUGAGGAGAGCCAGUGGAAGCGGGGCCUCAGUGGAUGCCGCUCCCGUGGUGAUAAUUAUAGAGAGAAAUGAGAAGAAUAAAGAAACCUUUGCUUUGUGAAAGCUCCUGUAAAUACUUAUAUAAAUGCCAGUAAUUUCCUUUGUUCCCCUGGAGUGACUCGGUUUGGUGCUGUGACUGCUGUUUCCUCUCAGAGAUUGUGGAGUCCAGUCAUCAAGGUGCAUGUUGAUUCCAUGCAGUUACUACUUUGCACAGUUGUCACGUGUCCCUCAAUUUUCUUUGAGCAAUGAAGCAAGCCAGCAGUCUAAAUGUUUUUUUAGAAAAAACUUGGGUGGGGGAGGUUGAAAGUAUAUAUUUUUUUCUCUUUUGAAUCAUCGGAUCAUUAGGCAAGUUGCAGCACUUUGUCAGCAUGACAUUCCCAGUCAGUUACUUUUUGAUCGUUGCCAUCUUUCACUUUCUUUUUACAGUGUGACACACACCGGCCUUUCCUUGAAAUCAAACCCUGUGGGGAUCUUGCACCCUGUCCUGGGGAAGGUCCUGCUUUCCCACUGACUUCCACAGAGCUGGAAGAUGAACAGUUGGGCAUAGCCUGGUGAGCCAGCACGGCAGAACCCACGCAUGAGGGGAGUGUGGCCUCGUGCCACCGAGUCCCGGCUGGAAGCAACUUAUCGCUUCUGUUUGGAGAAGCUGCACUCUGAUGACCAGUUUUACCAUGAAUCUCUUUAGCUCCACUUGUUGGGGAAAGUCCCCUGAAGUUCCUUUAGAGAAAUGUGAGAAUCCUACACAUAGAGCCUCCACCUAGAUCCUCUCCCUUAAAAUAGUCCAAGUAAGAGCAUUGUUGACCUGUACAUACUGUUUCCUUGACUGUGAUGUAUCUGGUAAUCAAUCACCUCGAGCCAGUUACACAUGACUGGAAUGAUGGCAGAAGUUCAUAAGUUCUAGAAGCAGAAUCAGGCCAUUCAGCCCAUUAAGUCUUUCAUGGCUGAUCUAUCUCUCCUUCUCAAUCCCAUUCCCCUGCCUUCUCCCCAAAACCCCUGACACCCUUACUAAUCAAGAAUCUAUCAAUCUUCACCUUACAUAGAAGUCCCCAUGUCAAGAUAGAGAGUAAAUGGGACAAUGUAGCAGUCACCCUGUUUAAACUCCAACGUGAUAUCCUGCUCCACAUUCAUCAUGCUUCAAAAUUGAGAUGAUUCUGCGAUGAUGGCUUCCCACCAGAGACUAAAACCACGAGGGGUAUGGUUCUCUGCUCCCUCUCCCAAUGAGUCACUGCUCAUGGGCACGUCCAGUGGCCAUCAAUAAGAGAGUGAUAAUAUGUAAUGUGACCAUCAGCGGGAGAGAUCAGAAGUCAGCUCUCUCCCCAUUUGUGUAUGUCAUAUUCAUACAUGCAAAAUUUCCAACAAGACUCAAUGGUGUGGUCUUUUAGUCAAAUGUUUUCCUGCAGCCCACGAAAACACGCAAGCAGUUUUAGUUUGAGAUUUAUUAAACUUAUGGGAAGAUCUUUCCAAUUAACAAUUAGAGGCAAAAUUGUCUGUGGCAAAAGGAUUUUCUUGUCCUGAACAGCCAUGUGAUUGAUGAAACCAGCUCCUCCCCAUGCUGUUGAUUGUCUAUCCAAAUGGAUAAGCUUUCCCGGCCACUGUUUAUGGUCCAUUCCAUCUCAGGUCCUACCAUUUAUUUUCACGGCCAUUCAAUAUCUUCAGCCUCUUUCCUCAUUGCAACCUCAAUUCCUUAUUCCAGCUUUCAUUCUUCUUUGAAUCUUCAAUCUUCAUUUUUACUGUAGUUUCAUUAAGAGAUACAGU